GUUUUGUCGAAAAAAUUAACAUUUUCUAUAUAUUUACUUAUUUUUGUUAGAUUUUAAAAUGCAGAAACAUGAUUUUUCCUCACAAGUUAAGUUCUUUUAAAACUCUAAUACUUUAUUCAUAACGCUUUGGUUCAAAAUUAGGAUUUUUAGCCCUUUUUUAACGUAAAAACGACCUUUUUGUAUUUCCUAUUGGAACGCGGCACCGAAAAGGAGUCAGCAUUGCUUCUAGUUGGAACGCGGCUCAGGAGAUGUUGCUAUGGUGACGUCGUAACGAAUCUGCUGUUGUCUGCGGUGAUUUAGAGGAGAAGUUUGUUCGGUUUAAGGUAAAUAUCACCUCUUAUUUGAGUUCGUCUCGGUAGUAGACUGUUUUCCAUUAAUCACAGAGUUGUAAAUUAAUGUUUCCACGAAGAAGAGAUUUUGUAAAUGUAGUUUUUGAGUGUGUAAUUGUUACUUGUUGUGAGUUUAACUGUCAGUAACUAUCGUUGACUUGAGUUAGCUUAACCUGCGAUGUCGGUAACUCGGUUUUAGGUUAAUUCCUCAAUUUGAUCGGAGGACUGCAGUCGUUUAGAAACACAACUACCAAAAACAAAAAGUUAACGGGUUACUACCAAAGACUGUUAAAAAAAAAAACUGGAACGUUGACUUUUCUGCGCAUGCGUAGAAGUUUGUGCUCUGUUAAAUUAGCACAGUGAUUUGAUAGGAAAACUUACUCGGCAGUUAUUUUAAAACGAACUCAAACUCAGGAGAGAAAAUACAUGUAAAUAGAUAUUUUGGCCGAUCACCGCUCUUUAACAAGCUUGACAACAGCUGACUUUCAGUCCUUUGCUGAGGUAGAAACGAUCGGUGGAUAUAAUCGGUUUCAUAUAGGAUCAGCCGAUCCCCCAAAAUUAAGGAAAUAGGCGCUGAUCGAUCGGCCUGCUGAUUUAUCGGCGCAUGCUAAGUAAUUGAAUUUAUAAGAUAACAUUUUAUGCCAUAAGAACACACUUUAAAGUCGUUUCUCUGUGUUUUAAUCCCGACAGGUAAACCACAAGAUGAACGCCGCCGUGACACAUCCUCACACUGAGACUUUUCUACCUGAAAUUCCCCCCAACAGAAAGAAACGGAGGAAAGGUUCAUAUUACAGGUAGGGUAAUACAACAGAAGUGAGAUUAAACUACAUAAUUUAACACAAUAUGCAGAAAUAAUAAACUGUUUGGAUCAUCAUUCUGUUGGUUUGCACGGAUGAACAACAUCUGUGACCAAAUAUUUAGGAGAUGCUGUGAAGGUUAGAAGCACAUACAUUUAUUUACAAAAAAAAAACAUUUUUCACUCUUGAGAAUUUAGACCAUUUUUUGUCCUGCUAGACAGUUCUGUUUACAAAACUAGGAUUGACUUUGAUGAUAGAGAUCUGAAAUAUAAAAAAUGGCUCAUCCUACUCUCCCCUACGUGUCUUUGUGUGUUCAGCAGGUUGGAGGAGCCUCUCAAAGCUGGUUUGGUGUCCGAGUACUCGACUCACAUCCCUUCAAUCGCAGAAAUUUCAAAGUGAGUUCAACAUAAGGAUGGAGAAAUGUUAAUUUUUCUGAUUUAAGUGGACUCGGUACUUGGUCCGUGUCUCUGCUGGGGUGUGAUGAAGUCCAGGUUUCUCUGAUCGCUCCUUAAGAAACAGAAAAGUCAAGAGGAAUCGUUGUUACUCAAACUUAGGAGGAAAAAAACCUCCAGAGCUGCAGCGGCAACCAACAGAACAACAGACUAAAAGGAGGAACUGUGAACAUUUUUGUGGUGAUUUUGGGUGGAAGUUCAGAGAGCAGCUGUGCAGGAUCAUAAAACCUCUGAGGGCUGUGAUAAAAAAUGUCUGUGAGUACACCCAGCUCCUGAAAAACUAAAGAAAUCACCAAAAUAUUACAGCUUUAGGGUGUCACAAACCAGAGUUAGAGCGCCCUCUGCUGCCUCAACGAAGUAAUAACAACCAACUUUGAGUUAAAGAUUUCUGUCUUCAUCUCUUUUCUUGUGUUUGCAGGUUCAGAAACAGUUUGAAGCAAAACAUCUGUGUGGAGAUACUGCUGGAGGGUUUCCACAGGUAUCUGUUUCUCUGAUCAAUAACUCUUUAUCAAUACAAAGUAGGGAAAUGAUUUUGUAUGUUUCAGACGUUGAACUUUGGUUCUUUUAGUCUUCUUUGUGUCCAUGAGGGUAUUAUGAAGGUCUAAGCUUAAAGGGAUAUUCUGGCGUAAAAUUAAUUUAGGGUCAAACGCACCAUAACACCAAGUUAGACACCCCCUCCAGGGAUGAAUGUUGCCGACCGCUUGCUUUUCUAGUUUUACCAACUUUAGUAACGACUGCAAAGUUAAAGGUGUUUUUAUUGAGCCAAAUUAUCAAUAAAAUCAUGAUUUUGUUAACAGGUAUGAAUAUAUGUGCUAUCGAGUUAAUAUAUUUGAACAAGAGCACAGUAAAGUUAAAUCAGCUAAUUUUCCAAUGAGGUUCUGUUCUACUCAGGUUACUACAUAUAGGGUCCCAGCCAUAGUACUAGACACCAAACAUCUUUUUAACUUUGACUCAUUUCUUUUAGCAAAGAGACUAAACACAACUCACCUGCUCUCUUCCAGCAGCCGCUUGUUUGUAGCGAGACCUCAGGCCAGUCCAUUACGGACUACAGCGGGGUGCCGCAGCUCAAGGAAGAACAUUUAUGAUCAUUUCUUUAUCAUUUCCUUGAAGUAAUAAUCACCAUAUUAAUCAUUUUUCUCUGCAGACGCGGUAGUUCUUCUGUCUUAGCGUCUCAGUCUGAUUGCAUUUCCAUGAAGAAAUGAUCAUAAAUGUUCUUCCUUGAGCUGCGAAACUCCACUGUAGUCUGUAAUAGACUGGCCUGAGGUCUCACUACAAACAAGCGGCUGCUGGAAGAGAGUAGGUGAGUUGUGUUUAGUCUCAGACCGCUGUGUAUUUCUAUCCUGCGGUCGUUACUAAAGUUGGUAUAACUAGAGAAGUAAGCAGUUGACAACUCGGUGUUAUGGUGUGUUUGACCUUAACUUAAUUUUACGCCAGAAUAUCCCUUUAAGGUUCUUCUGAAGAAUUUAUUUCAUGUUCGUUUCGUUCUCCUGACAAACAUCCGUACCUGUCGUCACCCGUCUGUCAGGACCUUCUCAGAGUUGUUUUAUCUGCUGAACUCUGAUCGGGAUCGAAGGGAGUCGGCUGAACCAGGAACAGAUCUUGCACGUCAGACUCCGCUGGAGGAACAAAAAGACAAACUGGAGACCAUGAGGCGUCACCUGAGCCGGGCCGAGCAGGCGGAAAGAACCCGUAACUCACAUCCUUUUAUUCCUCUCUUUGUUUCAUGACCUGAAAAAGUUUUUAUUUUCCAUAAUUUAAUUCAAAAAGUGAAGCUCAAACAAACUGAAAUAUUAAAAGACUUCUUGAAACAGUUUUCUAACACAGUGAUAUGCUCUCAGGGUCACCUUUCAAACCUCCUCCUGAGACAGACGUUCUCGUCUGGUUUGUUUCCGUGUGUUUUUCUCGGCAGGGUCCUGGACUGUGGUCUGUGAGCAGCGUCUGUUUCUGGGCAGGUAUUUCUCGUCUCAGGAGGAUCUCUGGCUCCGUUUGCAUUUCUGCCACAGCUGUGCCGACAGAGAGUACGGGGGGCGAUCCAGAUCGGCUACUGAAGCCCGAGUCCACUUAGCCGAGCACUACCUGCAGACAGGUGAACGGGUUACACACAAACUGAGUAAAACAGACAAAAAUAACUACAUUAAGUGUUUCUGAUGUAAGUUUUUUUGUAACUCAACAUGAGGAGUCAUCAGAAUCACAAUCAGACAUAAUUUAAUAAUCCACAGGGGGAAUCUUUUUUUUGUUACAGUGACUCCAGUGCAAAUAAAGUGGAAAAAGGAGAUAAAUAAAAGAUAAAAUUAGUAAAAAUAAAGAGAUAUAUAGAUAAAAGAAGUAAAAAUAAAGAGAUAAAAAUAUAAAAUAAGUAAAAUUAAAGAAAAAAAUAGGCAAAAUAAAGAGAAAAUAAAAAGAUGAAUGUAUAAAAUGAGUAAAAAAAGUAAAAAUAAAUCAAUCAAUAAAUUAAAUAAAUAAAAAUAAAGAGAUAAAUUGAUAAAAUAAGUUAGAUUUAUUAAAAAUAAAAAGAUUAAUCGAUAAAAUAAGAUAAAACAAGUAAAAAAUAAUGAAAUAAAUUAGGUAAAAUAAGUAAAAAUAAAUAAAUAAGUAAAAAUAAGUAAAAAUAAAGAGAUAAGUAGAUAAAAUAAGUAAAAAAUAAAUAAAUAAAAUAAUUUAAAAUAAAGAGAUAACUAGAUAAAAGAAGUAAAAAUAAAUAAAUAAAAUAAGUAAAAAUAAAGAGAUAAUAUACAAGUAUGAACACAUAAUACAACUCAAAAUAGUGAAAUAAAAAUAUAUGUCAUACUGUACUGGUGAUAAAAACAGUUCAUACCCUGAAGACUUUUGGAUUCAAGCAGAAAUUUAAAGGUGCAAAAAAAGAAACCCUCCUUUUUGUGUGUAUAAAUUUAUACAAGAUCCCACAAAUUUUCCAAAUAUGUGAAUUUAUUCUCACAGAAUUACAGGAUUUUUUAUUUAGUACAAUAAAGAAAGAAAAAAAACUUUUAAAAAUAUUUUCCCUCAAAACUGAUGAUUUCUAACGUCAGAAUCUUCAAGUUUUACUCCUAAAUUUUAGUUUUACAACAUUCAAAACUCUCACAGCGCUUUAAUCUCUCGUGUUUCUUCAGGUGAGCUGGAGCAGGCGCAGCAGCAGGCGGAGAUCUGCAUCCAGCAGGCAGAGGGCGGAGACUGGCUGGACUCUGACGGUCAGCCCCUGAAGCUCCGGGGCGCCAAAGCACUGUGGAGGAUCUACCUCAAGAUUGCAGACCCCCUACUGGACGCAGAAGAGUACAGGAAGGCCCUGGCGCUGCUUCACAUAGGAUACGACGAGGUGUUAAAGAGUAGGUGGAAACAGUCUGUAUGAUAAAUUAAACCGAAAACACUCUGAACUGUCCCAAGUUAGACUCAAACAAAAAACUGAGUUUUAUUUUGAAAUGUGUUUCAGCUGAAGACAAACAGCUGGAGGCAGAGGCCGCCUACGGACUGGGACUGACCAAUCAGAGAGCAGGAGAUCACAAGAGAGCCAAACAGGUUAAUAUGUGUGUUUUUAAAUGUCACUUCAUCCCUGAAAUAGAGGAAAACACAAAGUGAUGUGUGUUAUAACUCAGUUUAUUAGUCUAAAUAUCAUCACAGAGUUCAGGUUGUGUUUUAGUCAAAGUGAAGUUUUGCUGUUUAACUCUGUGUUUUUUGUCCAGUUCUUCAACACUUGCAUGCAGAUUUACAGCACACUAGAGGACGCAGAGGGACUCGUCAAGUCCUACAUGGCUAUGGCCAAGUCUCUACAGAGGUACACACUCAAACUUUUAGGACUUCAAAAAGUUAAAGGGAAAUUCUGGCUGAAAAUCAACAGGACAUAUAGGGUCCCAGCCAUAGUACCAUAUUCAGAGUUCUGACUCCUAAGAAAACAAACUUAAGCGGGUCGUUUCUAAAGGUGUUUUUAUUGAGCCGAAUUAUCAAUAAAAUCAUGAUUUUGUUAACAGGUACGAAUAUAUGUGCUGUAGAGUUAGUCUAUGUGAACAAGAGCACAGUAAAGUUAAAUCAGCUAAUUUUCCAAUGAGGUUCUGUUACUGAACAAAACUACACCAUGUUCUACUGAGGUUAGUACAUAUAGGGUCCCAGCCAUAGAACUAGACACCAAACAUCUUUUUAACUUUGACUCAUUUCUUUAGCAAAGAGACUAAACACAACUCACCUACUCUCUUCCAGCAGCCGCUUGUUUGUAGUGAGACCUCAGGCCAGUCCAUUACGGACUACAGCGGAGUGUCGCAGCUCAAGGAAGAACAUUUUUGAUUGUUUCCUCAUAGAAACAUAAGGUGUGUGUUUGCGUGUGUCCAUGUGUGUGUGUGUGUGUGUGUGUGUGUGUGUGUGUGUGUGUCAGUGAGGGAAACAUCGAUGAAACGGUCCAGUGGUUGGAGAAGUCAGCUGACGUCUCACUCAGCAGCGGACAGCAGCACCGCCUGGUGGACGCUUACCUCCGUUUGGGCAAAAUCUACAAUGAGAGGGUGAAACACUCGUCUAAUGUGUGUCUUUGUUUGUUCUGUUGGUUUUGUUCUGACCCGGCUCCUCCUCCUCUUUCUCUCUCUGUAGAGUCAGUCUACGAGGGCAUACGAGUUCUUCCUGCAGGGUUAUGAAGUCGCCUGUGAUGUCGGAGACGUCUCUCUGCUGGAUCAAAUACAGGUCAGAUGUUCUUCUAUGAUUGUGACCGCUCUCUUUCAGAUUUUUAGCGUAAACUUCGGUCCGUUCGUCUCUCAGGUGAUUGUCGGCACUCUACGCGCUCACCGCCUCAUGGAGAAAUACAGCGCCGACAUCAGGUCGGCCACGCCCACCGCCUUACAGCGUCUUCUGACCUGGAAAGACACCAGACAACCUCAGGAUUUCAGUGCAGAUGAUUCUGACUCUGCCAUGGAUUAAAUGGAUUAUUAAUCUGUGUUUACAGAUUAUUUUGACAUAAUAUUUGAAUUGAUCUCAUCAGAGUCAAACUGUAAGUCUUUUUUUCAUAUCAAGACGACAGAAAAACCUUCAAAUGUCAAUUUAAACUCCAAAGUAAUUAAAACAUGUCUCCAUCCUG